AUAUAUAUAUAUAUUAAACCUCUUCUCCUCUUCUUUGCACUCCCAAAAGCUCUGUCUCACUCUCAUAUGUCACCAAAUCAAAAGCUGUUUCUUUAUCCCUUUCCCACUUACUAAAAAGACUCACAAUUCCAUCCCUUUGCUUUUCUUUUGUUUUGUUUUUGGAUUGUUGGGAAAUCCCAAAGAAGAAGAAAAGAAAAAGGAGAAUGAUCCAAGAACUAUUUGGUGUUUCAGGGCUUUUAGCUGCACCACCUGGAGACCCCAAAAUCUCCAUCAAUGCUUCAAUUCUAGAUUCUUCCCCUUCCACUUCCCUCUCUGCACCCACCUCCACCGCAAACACGGCCACACCCACGCCCACAGCCACCUCAAAUUCGGAAGCCCAAAACUUGCGGUGCCCCAGAUGCGACUCUUCCAACACCAAAUUCUGUUACUACAAUAACUAUAACCUCACUCAACCUCGCCACUUUUGCAAAACAUGUCGACGUUAUUGGACUAAAGGUGGGGCCCUCAGGAAUGUUCCUAUUGGUGGUGGCUGUCGGAAGAACAGGACCGCGGCAGCUACGGUGGUGAAAUCGGCUGCUGCCAAGAUGAAAACGGUGUCGUCUGACAUAUUUGGUCGGGUUGGUUUUGGAAAUGGGUCGGCGUUGGAUACCCAACUAAUAUCGCCAACGCAAAUUCUUUGGGGGUCGCCGCAAAAUGCACAUCUUUUGGCCGUUUUGAGAUCCGCUACCCAAAAUCAAAACCCUAACCCUAAGAGUCUCGCUAGAUCCCACGUCAUCAACGGCCCACCGGCCGCGUCGGCUACUGCCACGACGACGACGACGCCGUUUCAUGCUAGGACGAUGGGGUUUGAUCCGGUGAACCAUAUUUCUUCUCUGGGGCUGUGCAGCUCUUACUGGAGGAACAAUCACACCCAAGUUCUUCACCAACAAAAUGGACAUAUCCAUGGCAGCGGGGAUCACGUUUCCGGCGGCACCACUGGGAUUCAGGAGCUGUACCAGAAGCUUAAGUCGUCGUCGAGCAAUUAUUUCACGGAUGGUCAGCAGGGAUCAGUGGGGGUGACGAGUGUGGGUACGGCGGCGAUUUUGGAGACGUCUCCGGUGGGAGGCGGCGAAACGGCGGCAGGUUACUGGAACCCAACUUUUUCUUGCUCUGAUGUUCAUGCUAGUGCUAAUGGAGCAUAUCCUUAAUCAAAAAGAAAGACUGUGUNU